AUGAGCGACGAUGAUGUUGACCAGGACCUACUCGCCUUCAUGCGCAAAGCUUUGGGCUUGGACCCGUCGGAAACAAAAGCUCAUCCUACUACAAAGGUUCUUGAAAGCGCCCUAUACAUCUUCGAUAACUCAAUCGAUGUUGCACUAGAUCGAGACUGUGUCAUGCAAGCAGCGGAGACAAUUUACGAUGCAAUGCAAAAAAAGGCAUACGGAACCUCAACAUGGUCUGAACACGAAUUACACCCCCAGGAGAAAAACGAGGAUACGUUGAACUUCAUCUUCACCAUGGAUGUGUUAAACUUUAGCUUCUGGAGUGGGCUGGAGGAUGAGAAGAGAUUCUCAGUCGACUAUGGGGGAAAGAGGUACACUGGGUAUUGGAGUCUGGUCGCCUUAUUGAGAAGAGCUUUGGACGAAGGAAUUCCGAUAACAUGUCCAUACUUCUGGGUCGAUCAUACUAUCUGCUCCGACGAUCUUCUCGCUCAUGUCUUUCGAUCUGCCACAGACGAACAAAUCCCUCUGCUUCAAGAGCGAAUAGACUGCCUUCGAGAAGCUGGCGAGAGAUAUGAUGGAAGAUUUGCCAACUGUGUUAAAGAAGCGAAUGGCUCUGCCGCCGCCCUCGUAGUCCUUCUCGGCGAUGAGUUUACGUGCUUCCGAGAUGAGCACAAGUUUGAAGGGCGUCGAGUGAACAUUUACAAACGAGCACAGAUUCUAGCAGCAGAUAUUUGGGCCUGUUUCAACAAAAAAUCCUACGGCCAUUUCACUGAUAUUGACACAAUCACCAUGUUUGCUGAUUACCGUGUUCCCGUAAUCCUUCACGCCCUCGGUUGUCUUCUUUACUCACCCCCUCUUGAGGCUCAUAUCAAAGCCAAAAAGCUCUUGGAUACAGGACAUCCAUGGGAGGUUCAAUUACGUGGAACCAGUAUCUGGUGCGUGGAGUUGAUUAGACGCCAGAUACAGAAGAUGCAUCCGGAGACAGGAAACCACAUCAAUGCUAUCCUUAUUGAUUUCUACCUUUAUGACACGGCCAAGGAGAUGGAGAGAAAUAAUGAAAAAAUGAUCCCACAUCACAGGACAAGAAGUAUCUGGUAUUAG